UAUGCGACAUCGUUUUCCGUUUUUGUCCUCUCUCUCUCUCUCUCUCUCUCGCUCGCUCUCAUCGUCCCCUUUCUUUUCCUCCCUUUUCGUCGCCUUCCGGCUCUCUGCUCUCCUUUUUCCUCUCCUCCGCCUCCUCUGGUCUCCUCUGCUUGGAUCGAUACGAUGCCGUGGGAUAUACGGUAUGAUCUAUAGCCCCUUUCAUUGGGUCCGAGGUAUCGUAUUUGGGAAUCUUGAAGUCUUUUGCUUGAUCGGAGGUCGGCUUUCUCAGAUCCGGUUCGUUGGUCGGUUCUUUUGGUUGAUCAGAUGGGAUUCUUUCUAUUUCUUGGAUGUCGAUCGAUAUCGUAGUGCGUCUUGGAUGAGGUGAUUGGAUUUGGAGGUCGGGACGAUUUGGAAGCGGCUGUUCCGGUUGGGAUUGUUAGAGAAGUGUUUUUGGGGGUGGGAUUUGAGUGGAGACUUGUCUUUAAUCUUUCAGCGGGAUUUUGGGAGAUUUGAUGCUAUUUUGGGCGUUUCUUUGCCUCCUGGCUUGGGAUGUGUGAUCGCCGGGGGGGGUCCUCUGCGCGUGUUGUGGAGGAUCCCGUUGCAGGAAGCAACGUACAAUUAGGGCUGUGAUCUGUUUUCUCGUGCUAUAUUUUCUUGCUUUGGUAUUAGUUGGUGGUUGUUUUGACCUAAGACCGGGGAUUACCCCCUGGUUAGGAGGAGAAUAGGUUAAAGGUUGUCUUUCUACAUUGGACGAGUUCGUUUGAGGCAUUCGGGCAAUAUGUUCUCUUCGGGCACCGAAUUUUUGCAAGAGGUAGCUGGUGUUUCCGGGUCUGCGCUGGUGCCCACACGAUUCGUAUGGCCUUACGGCGGGAGGAGGGUCUUUCUAACUGGCUCUUUUACAAGGUGGUCCGAACACUUACCUAUGUCUCCUGUGGAGGGUUGUCCUACAGUGUUUCAGGCUAUUUGCAGUCUAACACCAGGGUUACAUCAGUACAAGUUUUUUGUUGAUGGUGAGUGGAGGCACGACGAAUGCCAACCUUUUGUCACAGGAAACGAUGGGAUAGUUAACACUAUCUACUUGACUAGGGAGCCUAAUCCUGUGCCUGCACUAUCAAGCCCUGGAACUCCUAAUAGCAGAAUGAGCAUGGAUAUAGACCAUGAAGCUUUUCAGCAUGUGGUGGCAGUGUCAGAUGGUACCAUGCAGGACACUGCUCUUAGGAUAUCAGAGGCUGAUAUAAAGAUAUCUCGUCAUCAUAUUUCUACAUUCUUGUCUGCACAUACAGCUUAUGAUUUGCUUCCUAACUCGGGAAAGGUCAUUGCUCUUGAUGUUAAUUUGCCUGUGAAGCAGGCUUUUCAUAUCCUUUAUGAACAGGGAAUUCCUGUGGCUCCACUGUGGGACUCUAUUAGGGGUCGAUUUGUCGGAGUCCUCAGUGCAUUGGAUUUCAUUUUAAUUCUGCAGGAGCUCGGGAAUCGUGGCUCGAAUCUAACAGAGGAAGAACUCGAGAUACACACAAUAUCUGCUUGGAAAGAGGGAAAGCAUCAAACGUAUGGUCAGUUAGAUGAGCAUGGGAGACCACUUCGAAGGCGCAUAGUGCAUGCUGGUCCUUAUGAUUCCUUGAAGGAUGUUGCUCUAAAGAUUCUGCAUAAUAAAGUAUCUACUGUUCCAAUUAUCCGUUCAUCAGCUCAAGAUGGUUCAUUUCCGCAAUUGUUGCAUCUUGCUUCUCUUUCAGAAAUUUUAAGAUGUAUUUGCAGACACUUCAAACACUCUUCAAGUUCUUUACCUAUUUUACUACAACCAAUUUGCAAAUUUCCUUUGGGUACUUGGCUACCAAGAAUUGGGGAUCAAAGUGGCCGUCCGAUAACCAUGUUAAGAGCAAAUGCAUCACUCAGCUUAGCCCUUUCUUUGUUGGUUCAAGCUGAAGUUAGUGCAAUACCAAUAGUUGAUGAAAAUGACUCUUUGGUGGAUACAUAUUCCAGAAGUGACAUAACAGCAUUAGCUAAAGACACAGUUUAUGCAAAGAUGCAUCUUGAUGAAAUGAGUAUUCAUCAGGCACUGCAACUAGGGCAAGAUGCAAAUUCUCCAUAUGGGAUUUUUAAUGGUCAGAGAUGCCAGAUGUGUCUCCCUUCUGAUCCUUUACAGAAAGUCAUCGAGAGACUGGCAAAUCCUGGGGUGCGGCGUGUCAUCAUUGUUGAGGCUGGGAGCAAGCGUGUGGAAGGAAUAAUUUCACUUGGUGAUGUAUUCAGGUUCCUGCUUGGUUAGCCGUGGAACCGUCUUAACUGCUUUAUGAGCAUUUCAGGCUGCUGUGGAAACGUUGGUUUUUGACCGAAGAUUACUGUCAGCCUAUCAUUUUCUUUUUUUCCUCCUGUGAUUGAUUAAUUUGAUGGGGCCUCCUGUGGUUAGAAGGCUGCGAGGGGUCUGUAAAUGUUUAGGAUAUCAAGUUUUAUUCACCUUUUUUUUUUCUUUCUUUCUUUCUUUCCUUCACAAAGCCCCUUGGCCUCCAUUGACUUCAUUGAUGUCAUUGGAUUGAAUUUCUGCACAGGAAUGCCACUUACAAGUGGCCACGAAGUGGAAUCGAAUGAUGCCUGUUAAAUCUCAUCGUUUCAGUCGCCAUCUUAUGAAUCAA